AUGCCGCAGAAGUCUACCAUCCAGCAUGCCUUCCCGCUUCAUUUAGGCCCUCAUCGGGUGCAGGUGUAUUCCUACUCCUUCCUUCACUUCGGGCAGCGCGAGGCGGCGCACCGCACGGCCAGCACGGUCAUCUCCGAUGCGCUCCUGGCGGUGCAAUCGGAGACCACCGUGAGCCAUCCCUGCUUCGCGAAAGGCUACAUCUACACGCCCAUGUUCUCGUACAGCGGAGAGACCUUCGCACCCAUUCAGGUGAAGAUGAAUGGCACGAGCGACUUCCAGGGCUGUGAGGACUUGGUGAAGCGAAUCUUCAACAAAGAUGCACCCUGCCUCAUUGAGCGCUGUUCCUUCUACGGCGUCUACCAACCGCGGGUCUAUGCCGUGCCCUUUUUGGCCUUUGCUCACUUCGCGGAGAUUGUGAAUGACUUGGGGCUCCCAGCGGAUGCACAGUUGGAGGACUUGAAAACGGCCACCCGCUACGUUUGCUCGCUGACUAUGCGACAGCUGGAGAUGCUCUUCGCGCGUGUGACUGAUGAGUACGUGCGGACACAUCUCUGUUUCCAUGCGACCUUUGCUUACACCUUGCUGCACUAUGGCUAUGAGCUAAAGGAAAACCAGAUCACAUUCAAGUCCACGCAUGGCGGCAAGCCCAUCGAUUGGGCCGUAGGCGCCAUGAUCUACGAGAUCAACCAGGAGCACUGGAGAGAGCACUGGAGACAGCACUGGACAACUCUCCUACUACUCUUUGUGUUUUUGUGUUUGAAUGGCCUCAUGCACUGCAUGUUACGUGAUUUAUUAGUAUCAAUAUUUAUCAAGAUCGAGAUUCGGAUGUGGAAUGAGUUUCUGCAAAGACUUUUUUUAUAA